UCGAGAAUCCCACCUCACUUUCUUUAAGAGGACUAGGCGGUAUAGAGGAAACCGGCCGUCGGUUGGGUGAGUGAAGGCUGUAUGACGAGGUGCCGUCUAAUUUUGGAAGUUUUUUUUUUCGUUUUGGAUACCUGGCGCGGUCCAUUCAAUGGGGAAAUUAGAAAGUAAGUGACGUCGGCGUCAUGGGAGGAAUUAAAAAUAUUCUAAACGGUAACGGGAGUUAGAGAAAUAGAAUUUUUUAACACAUUGUGAAAAGAAUAUUAACAUAUAUAAACAAACUGGCGAUUUUUCUAUGCGGAUACACGUAAUGUAAAUAAACUAAAAAGAAAUUAUUUUAGUGCGAGUGAUGAUUUCAGUUUUAAAAGAGUUAUUUCCUAAGGAAUGCAUUUAUUUAUUUUAGAAAAUGUGACUUCAAACAGUGAGGAUAUAAAACAAUUUCAGUGAUAAAAUAUUGUUUCAAAACUUUGGUUUUAUCUGGACAAAGGGAGGUCUAACGUUGAAUCAUGUCGUACGGCAACGGUGACGUCAGAGUAGCGAGGGUGGCGCCGAUCCCAAAAUACGACAACUUCCAAAUCAAAGCAGCCCCCAUUGAGAAACCGGCCUACAACCCCAGAAUCGACCCCCCACCCUACAAAGCCGGGGGUGAGAUCGUCAGGCCUAAAAGCUCUGUCGGUGGUAAAAAAUGGAAGGCAACCUACGACAAGAUGCAGACGAGCAGCCACGGGACGUUCCACCCCAUAUAUGGCCCACAGGGGGACGAGAAGAAGAAGAACGAUAUGAUGGACUUGUACAGGCAACAGAAGGAGAUUGAUGAGAGACAGAGGCAGGAGAAAGAGAGGAAAGAGAAGGCUGCUAAAGAGGAGAAACAGCAAAAACAGAGGCAUGAGGAACCGGUGCAGAAGGAACCGAAACAAAAAGAGCAGAAAGAACAUAAGGAACCUAAAGAACAUAAGGAACCCAAAAAGGAACAGCCGAAAAGUUACGAGGAUAAGCCUGAGAGACACAAGGAACCAGAGAAACACAAGGAAGAGAAACCACCCAAACAAUACAGUAACGAACCUGAAAGAGAACGUAAACCUUUCAACAAGGACGCCGUGAUGGCGCCCAACGUACAGAACUACAACAAGAACUACGACAAGUUCCAGGUCCGGCAGCCGCCCAUGAACGUACCAGAGUACAAGAUGAACGAGGGCAACAAGUGGCAGCAGUCGUACGAGAAGAUGAAGACGAGCAGCCACCAGGAGUUUAAACCUGUCUACGGUCCUCAGGGUGACAACAGACCUUACAAGAACGACAUGAUAGAUAUGUACAGAGAACAAAAAGAAAAAGAAAAGAAAGAAAAAGAGCCGAAAGAGAAAAAAGAAAAGGUUAAGGAAGCUCCAAAGAAAGAAGAAAAGCCACAAAAAGAAGAAAAACACGAACCAAAGAAAGAGGAAAAACACGAGCCCAAGAGAGAAGAGAAACCAUAUAAAGAGGAGAAGCGCGUCAAAGAGGAGAAGCCAAAGGAAAAGCCAGUAAAAGAGGAGAAAGCGCCUAAAGAGAAGAAGGAGAAACGCCAGGAGCCUGAAGAGUACAGAGAGCCUAGAGAGAGGAAGCCGUUCAACAAGGACGCCAUUGUGUACCCCAACGUGCCUUCGUACAACAGAAACUACGACAAGUACCAAGUCCAGUCCACGCCUAUGGACGUGCCGGAGUACAAAGUAGCGGAGAACAACAGGUGGCAGCAUGCCUACAACAAGAUGAAAACAGAGAGCCAUCCGGACUUUAAGCCCAUAUACGGUCCACAGAACAAGAAAAGGGACCUUAUGGAUUUAUAUGAGGAGAAAAAAGAAAAAGAGAGGAAAGAGAAGAAAGAGAAGCCACCUCCAAAAGAAAAACCACCAAAAGAGGAAAAACCUAAGAAAGAAGAAAAACCUAAAAAGGAAGAAAAAGUCAAAGAAGAAAAACCUAAAAAGGAAGAAAAACCAAAAGAAACACCAAGAAAAGAAGAAAAAGUCAAAGAAGAAAAACCUAAAAAGGAAGAAAAACCAAAAGAAACACCACGAAAAGAAGAAAAAGUCAAAGAAGAAAAACCUAAAAAGGAAGAAAAACCAAAAGAAACACCAAGAAAAGAAGAGAAAAGACCCGAAUCCCCGAAGAGAGAAAAAGAGGUGUAUUAUCAAAAAGAACCCAAGGAAGAAAGAUAUUACGGGCACAAAACUGAGGAGAGACCGGUCAAGAAGGAAGACAACAGACAUCCGGUACAGAGAGAGCUGUAUCAAUCCAACCUGAAGAAACCAACAGAGGAGCCAAAGAAAGAGAAGAAGGAAGAGGUGAAACCUACGCCUAGGGAGGAGAAGAAGGUGGAGAAAGUGGAAGAAAAACCGAAACAUAAGGAAGAAAAGAAGGAAGAAAAGCCAAAGCCUAAGGAAGAAAAGAAGGAAGAAAAACCUAAACCUACCCCACGUGAAGAAGAAAAGCACAAACAUAAGGAAGAAAAAGAAGAAAAACCUAAACCGAAGGAAGAAAAGAAGGAAGAAAAACCUAAGCCCAAGGAAGAAAAGAAGGAAGAAAAACCUAAGCACAAAGAAGAUCCCUACGAGUACAAACCUAAACAGAAGGAAGAAAAGAAAGAAGAAAGACCUAAGCCCAAAGAGGAUCCAUACGAGUACAAAAAACGAGAAGAGAAACCAAAGCCACCAGAACCAAAGAGAGAAGAGAAACGGAGGGAGGAGAGGUACGACAGAGAACCGGACAGGAGAGUCCGGCAAGAGGAGGAGAGACACUACGGCAAAGCUCACUCACACGAGCGGCCGGUCAAGCCGCAGACCAACGACAAGAGCAUCGUCAGAGACGGGCAUCCGCCUGAGAAGGCCAACACACAAAAACCAAAGGCAAAGGUUCAGCCAACACCACGACCACCAGUGGAGGAGCGCAGAAAACCGUACAGACCUUUCCACAUAGACAGAGCCAAAGACAAGCCCAGCGUGAGAGCGAAGUACUACGAGAGAGCCGAGCUGGACGACGUCCUCCAAGACAAGAUAGCCACACAGCUCAGGGACAAUGGCAUCGCCGAGACCAAGGUCGUGCCUCUGUCCGCCAAGAUCACCCAGGCCGUCAGGGACGACGUCAUGGACCCUGGUCAGUCCCAGUCGCCCCAGGUGAUGGCCAACCUGACCGAGGCCGUGCACAAGCACCUGGACCCCAUCCUGUACAACAGGCCCAACACCACGGACCUCAGCAACGCCCAGCGGCCGAGCGACGCCGCGCAUUUGUCGAACCUCGUCUUGCUUCGGUUAGGUCAAGUCCACGAGGAGAUAGAAAUCUGCAAGAAUAGCGUGGACGACCCUCUCAAGUCUACAAGAAGGAACAAAAACUUGGGUGCCGCUACACCAAGGGAGGAGCUACCUGACAGAUCUAUGGUAAUGGCGAUCAAAGACGGCAUAGAAAAACAGAAGACGGACAAGGAAAUUUUACAGGAGAAGCUUAGGCAAGCACAGAGAGAGAACGAUGAUGUCGAGGAUGAUAAGGAAAAGAACCAUAGAAGAUUGCAGGAGUUAGACUCAGAGAACUGGAAACUGAACAGAGAUCUCCAAGAGGCAGAAAAUGAUAAACAAAGUCUGAUAGCCAAGGUGAGAGAACAGCAAGGUGACUACGACAGGCUGGACAAGAGCUACCAGGACUCACGGCAAGAGAACAUGAGGCUCAAGAAACGGCUGGAAGACAAAGACAAUGAGAGCCAGCUGAUGUCCAACGACCUGGCCAGACUUCAGUCAGAAAACGCCAGACUGCAGGUACUGGUGGACCAGAAACACAAGGAGAUCCUCCACCUGCGUGACCCAGAUAAGGACAUGGUACACCAGAUCAGGAUCCUGUCUGAUGAGGUCACGCUGCUCAGGACACAAACUAGGAGACUUAAUGAGGAGAAGGGUCUUCUCAAGUCAAGAAACCAGAAAAUGGAGUCUACAAUAGAUGAGUCCUACAAACAGAAGAACAAGCUGGCCAGUGAGAGAGAUGAACUGUGGCGAGAAAACCAGGAGCUGAAACAGAGGUACCGUAAACUAGCACUUGCAACACCCAAGCAGCGCUCACUGCCUGAUAUUAUGUCUGGACACAAUGGACCAUCCAGGGCAGGGUCACGGGCAGCUUCAAGAGGCAACCCCCGACACAGUGAUGACAGACGAAUGUCACCCACAAGAGAGGAGGACGAACAUGAUUAUCAUUAAAAAAUAAUAGCUUUACUGUAUUAAAUAAUUAUUCACAACUAUGUUAACUGUCUCUAUUGAAAAAUUGAAUGCAAAGAAAUGAUUUAUUAGCAGGGAGAUAACUAUUUUAAAACUGUUACAACACAAGAGUAGCAGUUCAUGUAUGAAUUUUGAUUACACAAAGGAACAGUAAUACUUUCACCAAAGCUAAAAUUUGUUUUUACUGUUUUAAAUAAUUAUUCACAACUAUGAUAACUGUCUAUUUAAAAUCUAAAUACAAAUAAGUGUUUUAUUACCAGGAAAAUUAUGUUUUUUUUUAAACUACGUGUUUAAGCAAGAGUAACACUACAUGCACAAUAUUUCUUGUAUGAACUUUGAUUACACAAAGAAACAAAUACUUUCACCAAAGCUAAUAUCUAUUUUACAUACUACUGAAUGCUGCUAAUGUCAUAAGGACUUAUUGGUCUAACUCAAUAGUCAUGUUGUGUAUAAACAGUGUGGUUUAUUCUGUCAGAUCUCAGUGAAUGUUAGCAUGCAAGUAUUUAACAUGAUGAAAAGA